GGAGUGAGAUCGAUACCAGCAUACAAUGUAGUCGGACUCGGAGACCCGGACGAUAAAUGUUGGCCAUGGACCAUGGUGCUGGAAAGUAAUGCUCAGUAGUUUGGAAUAGUACUGAGAUAGCGUGAGAAUGGCUUCAGCAAAUCCCAGCGAGACGAAUCUGCACGCAUCACCUUCUCAUGCUGGAUCAGCUAAUGCGGACCAGUCUCGCUCGAAAUGGGUUUGCCUGGCGCUGGCGUGGUUGUCCUAUGCUGGCAUCACUGCGCUGCGCAAGCCGCUAGGAGUGGGGAAGAAGCCUCUGUCCAAAGAUCUCCAUCUCGGGCGAACUGAGCUGGGCUUUCUGGACAUGGCGUUUCUGAUGCCGUAUGCCAUUGUUCAGGUGACGGUUGGCAGCCAGGCGGAUAAAGUAGCGGCGCACGUUGUGCUGUUCUUCGUUCUCUUCACCUCAUCAACGUCUAUGCUCUCCUUCGGCAUGUGGAACAGCCUCUUGCCACUUGUUGUCCUUCUUUUCAUCGCAGGUUCUGCACAGGCUUUUGGGUGGCCGGCAUGUGUGAAGCUGGUCUCUGGCUGGUUCCCCAGCCGCAGCUCCAGCAAUGUGUUCGGUGUGUUUGGAACGUGUAUGUCUGUCGGCGGAAUUGGAGGCACCAUGCUUGCGGUGUGGUUGCUGGCCCACUGGUCUUGGCGCUACUCCUUUCUACCACAAUCCAUCUUUGUGCUGGUGCUCUCGUUUGUGGUGCUGCUUUUCCUGCCCGUUGCACCAUCAAACCUGGACCCUUUGUCCCAAAGUGCACCAUUGUCACCAUCGGCCUCUACACCAAAGUCCGUGAACACUCUUCAGUUGCUUAGCAUCGAAUGCGUGAAAGAGCUGUGCCUGGCUAACUUCCUCAUUAAACUAGUCCGCUAUGCCUUCUUCAUGUGGCUGCCGCUCUAUCUGUCGGAGCAGCUACACUUCACUGACUCCCAUGCUGGACUGAUGUCGACAACAUUUGAGAUUGGCGGUUUCAUCGGUACUCUCUUCUCUGGGACAAUUAUUGAAAAGCUCUACGGUGGUCGGCAGCUCUCCACAAUGACUGGCCUCCUGUUGGUUGGUUGCGUGAGCAUUGGUGCAUUCAUCGCAACCGCCAAGCAGGGCAUGGUCAUGAACUGUGCCAUGCUGUCACUGGCGGGAGCAGCCAAUGUGGCCACAGAUCCCAUCAUCUCCGCUAUGGUACCAAUGUCGAUUGCGGAGCUCGAAGGAACCAACAUCAAAGCUGGCCUGGCGAGUGUCAUUAAUGGCAUGGGAAGUGUUGGCGUGAUACUGGAGGGUCCACUGAUCGGCAAGAUUGCAGACCUCUACGGCUGGUCGGUGUGCCUGUAUGUCCUGGUGAGCCUGCAAAUACUCUCACUGGUGUUGGUGCGCUUGGCAGCCUCUCACCAGCGCAACAAGCCUCUCAGCUAGUUAAUGAUCUAGUAGCCACCGCAAGUGGCGUCACCGACACGUCCAUCCGAGGACGGUUUCCACCAGCAACAUGAUAAGUUCUGGUUGGGUUUCAGCAUUGCACAACAUUCGAAACCCACCGACUCGGACAGCAUACUCCCAUAGUAAACCCACACGAACGUACUUGAGAGCCGCUUUUUAUACUCCGCCUCUCCUACUGGGAGAGAUGCCACAUGCCCUUCUUGAAUUUUGAAACAUACCCAAUCCUAACCCCUAACCCAAUCCCUGGUGAGUCUACCAGUAUACUUGUAUGCCCUUCCAGUGAAAGGGACAUUCAGUCCAAUCUUUGUUUGUUUUUGUUUUUCAAGAUACUGACCAUAGGAGUCAGUCGUCUUAUUUGCCACAUGUACUCUUUAAAAUAGUCUGUGAUCUGGGGAUAGGUUCCGAUCACAAUGAGCCGCCAUAUUUGAGCUCAACUGUUUCUGUUCAGUUUUCCAGACAUUUUUUAGGAGGGAUUCUUGCAUAUAUUUUUUAAGCUUACCGUGAUCAAUUGCAAUCAAGAUUGAUGUUGAAGGGUUUGAUGUGUCACCCGUUGCUGUUACUGCCAUAGCAGCCACAGCAGUGUCAACUACUAACGUUACAGCUGUGCCACAUCAGAACUUGUUUAGGGACAAUCUGAGCCCUGGCUUGCCGAGCGAGAUCAUCUAGACUACGCAAGAUGAGAUUAUCUACA